AUGGCCAACAAUGAUACCCCUCCUCCAAAGAAGGCCACAGGCCGCAAAUUACAAAAACGAAACCCCAAGCUGGGACGGUUGCCGUCUGCCCAUAUUCCUGCUCGCCUGCGUCUUGGUGAUGAUGCUCAGGAGGAUGUCACUGCACCAAAUAGAGGCACCAAUAACCCUGGUCAAUAUAUGCAUCAAUCCGUCUUCUCUAUGAUUGCCGCCGCCGGCUCCCGCACCGACUUCAAUGCAAGAUUCGACGAAUCAAGUGACAGCGAAGAGGAGGCAAUUGAGGAAGAGCAGGGAGAUGCUGUGGCCGCCGAGCCAUCAGCAAAAGCAACCGCGACGGUGACACCAGAAGGUCCCAAGACAUCCAGUGACAAGAAGAUGAAGCGUCUCUCUGGGAAACUUGUUCAGAGUCUGCCACGUCUAUCUGCACGAUCUUUGACAAAGAAAUCCAAGACUUCAACUCAACAACCCAGCCCCAGCCCCCAGAGCGAUUCAACCUCGAAAUCCAGCAGAAGCAAUCCUCGAGACGCACCGGUAUUAAGCAGAUUAUUGACAGCUGAAGCCGAGUACCAAGAGGAUGCCGAAGCCUCGGCCGAGAUUGCAUCUUCCCUAGAGGUCCCAAGCACCAGAAGCAGGGGCGAUUCCUCACCACAGACGCUGCUUGCCACAAGGCUGAUGGACAUCUUUGGUUUCGCAAAACCUGAGAAGGUCGUUGCUGAAUAUCCUUGCUGGCUGCUAAAGAGUGUACUCUUACAGGGCUACUUGUACAUCACGAAACAACAUCUUUGCUUUUAUGCAUAUCUCCCGAAGAAAUCACACUCAGUCGCAAAGACCGGAUAUCUUGCAAAAAGAGGUCGAACCAAUUCUAAAUACAAGAGAUACUGGUUUUCGCUGAAAGGAGACGUGCUGUCCUACUACUCAGACCCGUCGAGCCUUUACUUUCCUUCCGGCCAUAUCGAUCUAAGAUACGGCAUUGCUGCAGCUGUUUCGGCAGAGAAAGGUAAGCAAUCGGAUGCAAGAGACUUCUCAAUCACAACCGACCACCGUACAUACAAUUUUCGCUGCGAUACUCCACAGAGUGCGAAAGAAUGGGUUCAAUCCUUGCAAAAGACAAUCUUUCGGUCACACAAUGACGGCGAUAGCGUUAAGAUCUCCCUCCCCUUGGAAAACAUAAUCGAUUUUGAAGAGAGCCCGGUCGUGGAAUUUGCCGAAACUGUCAAGCUCAGAGUUAUUGAGAAUGACGAUUCAUACGCCAUUGACGAGUACUUCUUUUCUUUCUUUAGCUUUGGUGCAGAUGCACUCAGCGUACUUCGAGAUCUGAUCGUGCAAGCCCCAGGUGGGAGAUCACCCGACGAUGAGCAAUCAUUAGGAAGCAGAGGAGACUAUAGUUCAAGUCCAGGACGGAGACCAUUUCCUCAACGUACCACAUCAGAAGGAGCAGUCAGCAAUCCUAGAGUCGUAACCAGCCCAACUCUCAAAGAGCCCGUCAAGGCGACGCUAAUGCCGUUCUCACUCGGAGAGGAUGGCAGGAUGUCCCCUCGAAUGAGCGGAGAGUUUCAACGUACAAACAGUCCAUCGCGAUCUAGUGGCGAUUUUGGUGCUGAGUAUGGACGAGCAAGUUUUGAUCGAGGCCGUAGGAGUGGAAGUACGAGCCGACUUGACGUGAGCAAAACGAGACGUACUGGACGCUCCCCUCUGGCUCGAAAUCAGGAUUCCGAGGAUUCAUACGUUCAGUCAAUCGACAAGGAAACUGACUCGUCUACGGCACCUCUCUCACCAACAGUUGAAGCACAAAUGUCAGCCAGUCAGAUUCUGACACGGAGUGAUGUGUUUCAUCCUCCUGCAAUUAACCGUAUGGAAACCCUUGUUUCAAUGUCGAGUGAUGCAGGAAGGAAAUCUUCCGAAGUCGGGACAAUACUUUCCACGUCCCAAGCAGAUGGUAGCGCACCAAUACCGAUAGGUGGCAAGACUGAGCCGGGCGGACGGCCCUCGAAAGAUCGCCGUACUGCUGUGCAAGAUGAGAGUGGAGACCUGGACCAUGACAAGAAGUACUCAAGCUCCCCAACUCUACAGGACCUUGUCAAGGCCGGCUCGUAUCCUCUGCAGCGCGCAGGAGCGUUUGCCGACUAUCUGAAGAAUCGCUCCGUGAAUAUGAGGAAAUUGUUGGCCACAGAAUCCAUGACAUACCUGGAGAAGGUGUCAGGGAUGUGGACAGGCGGUCGGAAGCAUUAUGGCGAGAAUGAGGGAGUGAUACCUGAUGAUCGAGGUAUUGACCCCGAAGAUGAGGAAGCAAAUGUCGGUCACGGUGACAGAUUUCGCAGCCACUUUGCUCUACCAGCCACGGAAAAAUUGCAGGCAACUUACUUUGCCUUCCUGCACCGUGUGCUCCCACUAUACGGUAAGAUCUACAUCAGCAACCGCAAGUUCUGUUUCCGGAGCCUGCUCCCUGGUACGAGAACCAAAUUGGUGUUACCACUCAAGGAUCUUGAAAAUGUGGAUAAGGAGAAAGGCUUCCGAUUCGGUUACCACGGCUUGGUCCUGGUCAUCCGAGGCCACGAGGAGCUGUUUUUCGAGUUCAAUUCGGCAGAGCACCGUGAUGACUGUACUAUCACUUUGUUGCAUAGCCUAGAAAGCGUCCGCUAUAUGGGAGAAUCCAGUAUCUUCACACAUCACGACGAGGACGAUGCCGAAGUCGCAAAGGAAGAACAUCGUUUGCUUCAAGAAGCACGACGAAAUUCUUCUGCCGACCAUCAGCUUGUGCUGCCAGAUACCGCCGAGGCGAUUUAUAGCCACGUCGAACGUUCCGCCGUUCUCUUCGAGGAUCCUCGUGCGAGCAUUAUCAAUUUCAAGCCAGCUGAGUCUUUACGCAUUACUUGCCUAACGAUUGGAUCCCGGGGGGACGUACAGCCUUACAUUGCGUUAUGCAAGGGGUUACUGGCGGAAGGACACAAGCCAAGGAUUGCAACCCAUGCUGAGUUUGGCCCCUGGGUUAUGAAACAUGGGAUCGAUUUCAAACCAGUCGAUGGUGAUCCAGCCGAGCUGAUGCGUAUCUGCGUGGAGAAUGGCAUGUUCACGUAUUCUUUCCUCCGAGAAGCCUCAGCGAAAUUCCGCACCUGGAUUGAUGAGCUGUUAGUGUCGGCAUGGGAGGCAUGCCAGGACAGUGAUCUUUUGAUCGAGUCACCCAGCGCAAUGGCAGGUAUUCACAUAGCAGAAGCGUUGCACAUUCCCUAUUUUCGAGCAUUCACGAUGCCAUGGACGCGAACCCGAGCGUACCCUCACGCAUUCGCGGUACCAGAGCACAAGAUAGGGGGUGCUUACAAUUACUAUACGUAUGUCAUGUUUGACAAUGUGUUUUGGAAAGCAAUUGCGGGUCAAGUCAAUCGUUGGCGCAAGAAGGAACUUGGGUUGCGGAGCACCAAUUUGGACAAGAUGCAACCUAAUAAGGUGCCGUUCUUGUACAAUUUUUCGCCUCAUGUGGUUGUACCGCCAUUAGACUACAGUGAUUGGGUACGGGUGACGGGAUAUUGGUUUCUGAACGAAGCACAAGGCUGGACGCCGCCCCCGGAGCUAACGGAGUUCAUCAAGAAGGCGAGGUAUGACAAGAAGAAGCUGGUGUACAUCGGGUUUGGAUCUAUCGUGGUAUCAGACCCGGCUGCACUUACCAAGACGGUGGUCGAAUCUGUGUUGAAAGCUGAUGUGCGAUGCAUUCUUUCUAAGGGUUGGAGUGAUCGGCUUGGUGAUCCAUCAGCUGUCAAGACCGAGGUGCCGCUACCACCGGAUAUUCAUCAGAUCAAGUCUGCGCCACACGACUGGCUCUUCACGCAAAUCGACGCCGCAGUGCAUCACGGUGGGGCAGGAACGACAGGUGCGAGUCUGCGGGCUGGCCUACCAACGGUCAUCAAACCGUUCUUCGGUGAUCAAUUCUUCUUUGGAUCACGAGUGGAAGACCUGGGUGUCGGGAUUUGUCUGAAGAAAGUCAAUGUCAGUGUGUUCUCUCGGGCACUGUGGGAAGCCGUCCACAGUGAGCGAAUGAUUGUCAAAGCAAAGUUACUCGGAGAACAUAUCCGGAAGGAGGAUGGUGUGCACAACGCUAUCCGAGCCAUCUACAGAGACUUGGAAUACGCCAAGAGUCUCGUCAAGGCCCGUGUGGCUACGCAAGAAGCACUAGCGAGCGCGGCAACCGAUCUCGACGAGGGAAAUGAGAUCGAGGAGAAUUGGACCUUCAUUGGUGAUGAGAGUGACCCAGAGUUACAGAAACGCAUACAAGACUGGGAAGCACCCUCCCGCGGACGCGGUCCACGGGUCAGUUUGGAUCGUGCGGGUUUGCGGGCAAUGCAAGGUGUUGAACCCUUGCGGAAAGGGAGUAUCAAGAGAUUAUAA